AUGAGCUCGCGCGUCGCGUCGUCACUCACUUUCCACAGCGACGACACGAGCGUGAGCGCGCCCAUGCGGCGGGAGAGGCCGUCGGGCGCGCCGUGCGUCGCCAGGUGGAUGACGUCGCUCGAGGGCAUCAGCCGCGUCGCCUCCUCCUUUGUCGCGCUGUCGUCCUGCACCAGCUCUUGA